AGCGGCGCUUCUGCAUAGGUCUUAUGUGUAUGGUGAGGACUUGGGUAUCACAUGUGACUUCUGACUUAUUCCAAACGAAGCAUUUGUAUGCCAGUAGAAGACAUGGCGACGAAGGGACUCCGUCAGCGAAACAGACGAGGGAGUAAACAAGAUGCUAAUAAUGUGAACACAAGUCUUGUCAACGAAAACCGAACGUCAAAAGAAGAGAAGAAUGUUGACGACAGUAAAAACAGUGACAUGCGAAAUGAUUUGAACCCAGAUGAGCACUUUACCCCCUUUCAUCCCUCAUAUUACUAUAGGACAUCAAGUAAAGCUGGCCAGGUGUGGGCCCCAGAGGGUUCGACAGCAUUUAAGUGCCUGGUUUCAGCACGCUUCUGUGCGGCAUUGCUCAGCAACAUCUCAGACUGUGACGAGACCUACAACUACUGGGAACCAACUCACUAUCUACUCUAUGGCAAAGGAAUGCAGACAUGGGAGUACUCUCCAACUUACGCAAUACGCUCUUAUGCCUACCUAUGGCUCCACGCCCUCCCUGCCUGCUUUCAUGCCAAGAUACUUCAAACUAACAAGGUUCUUGUUUUUUAUUUUUUGCGCUGUGUUUUGGCUUUUACCUGCUGUGUGUGUGAGCUCUACUUCUACAAGGCAGUAUGUAAGAAGUUUGGCCUACACGUUGGACGCCUCAUGUUGGCCUUUUUGGUAUUGAGUGCAGGAAUGUUCUGCUCCUCUGCAGCGUUCCUCCCAAGCACCUUCUGCAUGUACAGCACAGUGGUGGCCAUGACAGGCUGGUUCCAGGGCCGCACCAGUUUAGCAGUGCUUGGGGUGGCAGCAGGAGCGAUUGUUGGCUGGCCAUUCAGUGCUCUGCUGGGAAUCCCCAUCGCCUUUGACCUGCUGGUGCUUAAGAGGAAAUGGAAGAGCUUUAUCCUGUGGGGUUUGGCGGCACUUCUGAUUUUCCUGGUUCCUGUGGUGUUGGUAGACAGUUACUAUUAUGGAAAGCUGGUGAUCGCACCUCUGAACAUCAUCCUUUACAACGUGUUCACUCCGCAUGGCCCAGAUCUCUAUGGCACAGAGCCAUGGCACUAUUACUUUGUGAAUGGUUUCCUGAACUUUAAUAUCGUUUUUGCAUUGGCCCUGCUCUCUCUACCCCUCACCUCUUUAAUGGAGGCACUAUUAAAGAGGUUUAAUGUACAAAACCUGGGACGCCCUUACUGGUUAACACUGUCACCCAUGUACCUUUGGAUGCUGGUUUUCUUUACUCAACCCCACAAGGAGGAACGGUUUCUGUUUCCCAUUUACCCUCUCAUCUGUCUCUGCGGAGCUGUGGCACUAUCCUCUCUCCAGAAGUGUUACCACUUCCUGUUCCAGCGGUAUCGCUUGGAGCACUACACAGUCUCCUCCAACUGGCUGGCCCUGGGCUCUGUGCUACUCUUUGCAGUGUUGUCGCUGUCCCGAUCUGUGGCUCUCUUCAGAGGCUAUCAUGCCCCAUUAGACUUGUAUCCCGAGUUUCAUCGCAUUGCAAAAGACCCCAGCGUCCACACUGUUCCAGAGGGCAGACCAGUCAAUGUGUGUGUGGGCAAGGAGUGGUAUCGUUUCCCAAGCAGCUUCCUCCUACCCAACAAUUGGCAACUGCAGUUUAUCCAAUCAGAAUUCCGAGGUCAACUUCCCAAGCCGUUUUCCAAUGAACCAUUAGCCACCCACAUGAUUCCCACCGAUAUGAACGAUCAGAACCUUGAGGAGACAUCACGAUAUGUGGACCUAAAACAGUGCCACUACCUGGUGGAUUUAGCCUUGGAUAAAGAGGCACCGCGUGAACCACGUUACGCUGCUAACAAAGAAGAGUGGAGCAUCAUUGUUGUGAAGCCUUUCCUGGAUGCAAGCAGGUCUUCAAAGUUCUUCAGGGCCUUCUAUGUUCCAUUUUUCUCAGAGCAGCACACAACAUACAGCAGCUAUGUAAUCCUUAAGCCACGGCGGCCGAAGCACUCCAGGAGACGGACACAACCCUGACACCCCCACCCCCUUCCUUUUCCUCUUGGGUUUCUCUGAACACCAGUUUACCCUUCUGAUGGCCCAUAGUUUUCUCUCUCGUCUUAAACUCUGGGUCAUAGCAUUGCAUCAAAUACUGUGUGUAUGUGUGUGUGUAUUUAAGUAUUUUGAGAGUUGGGAUGUGUAUUUAUGUACAUAUGUAUAAUGAACAUUUGUAUUGGAGAAUGGUGAAGUAGAAUGACCAUGUUUGCCUGUUGUCCAAAACUGGGGGUUAUAGCCCCUGCUUUACUCUCGGCAUUCCAUCCAUCCAGUCCAUGGGUUAACAUGGAUACAGCUUACACACAACCUCAACGGUUAAACCGUCUGCUCCAUUCCAGAGAAUGACUUCACUGUUGUCACCUUCUGUGCCGCAUCCAUUGGUGUGAUUGCCUGCGCUGGGUGGUCCGUGCCCCAGAGGCUGGAAAUGUGCGUGAAGCUGACCCUUUAAGGACCACAGUCCCCUGUUUGUUGCAUCCUCUGUAGUUUUAAUGUUCUCUGAGCCUGACCUGGACAGUGAAAAAUGACCAAAAUUGAAAUGGUCAAACGUGGACCAAUAUCAUGUCAAGUCUCUGCUGAGGUACUUCAGUGUUUCUCAUUGUAGUCUGUCAAGUAAGUGGAACCCAUCGGACCUCUGUUCAUGUAUUGUUCUGAUCCACAUGUACUUCACGCUCCCCGUGCCAAAAGUUGUGUUAGACAACUUUAGCUUAGAGGGCAUAAUUAAAUGUCUCUCUUCUCUUUUUUUUGUAUUUUUCAAUAUGAAGGAGAUUGGUUCGAUCAAUCAGUGUUGUGCGAAUUGGCGUCAUUUUGGUUUGAAAAGUGCUGGGGACAUAAAAUGAAGUAAAUGCAGGUGCAGUUUAUAAAUGCUAUACAACCAUUUUAAUAAACAUCCACAUAUUGCAGAGAUGCAAGAGAGUUUGUUUUGACUUCCCCGUUUGACGUAAUGGUCUACAGUACCACCAGAGCAAGAAGAAUGUAAGUGUAUUAAUCAAGGGCAAUGAAUUUAAUGAAUUUGGGUGUGGUUAUACUAGGCUAACAGACAUGAGCCUAGAAAUAAAAUAACCCAACCACCCAAGAUUACAAAAUCCUGGAGAGACUGCUUAGACUAACGUCAAAACUUCCCUUUUUGUGUAGCAGUUCGAUUUUCUUCUAUCAUAUGUUGAUUAGGCACUUUGAUUGAGAAACCGUCUAUUCAUUGUGGUGAGAUUGUAUUCUUAGCUGUCAAAAGUGGUAAGGAAAUUGGUGAUUGCAAAAAGAGGUGAGGUGUCCCCAGCGUAAAUGACUCCUGGUUGAACAUAUCGGGGGAAGCGACGAACACGAUGAUGUGAACAGAUCAUUUAAAAUAAAAUGGUUGUGUGUUGAUAAAAUGAA